AUGCCAAUGUUCAAGCAACAGACGAUCCAAAUGUUUUGUCCAGGUAGAAAAACAAAGAAAGGUGGACGACAGUUUCGAGAAUAUUUAGACCUAAGAUUGGGGAUCAUCUUUGUUACUCUUACAAACUUUUCCUUUUUGCAUAUUGAGAGCCUCCAGAAGGAACGAAACUUGGCUGAAGGAAAGACUAAACAAGAUCAAAACAAGAAAAGUCCGUUAACAAUAAAAAUUUAUGAUCAUUUCGUAAGAAAAAUGUAA